UGGUUGCGUGUCGCGGGUCCGGGUUUCGGAGUCAUGAGCUUGUGCGCUUGUUGCACGAACACUUUCCACGGUAGCAAUGGUUGGAGGAGUUGAAUCUCCUAGUCACGUUUGUUCUAGUAGCAUCCAGCUGACCGAUCUGUCGACUUUGCAACGCAAGGCAUUGCGUGAGCACGAAGAAAUUCCUGGUCGGUUGGGUGAUCGGGAAGUUAGACUGUACAAAUCUGGGACCGAUGCACUUCAUCGACCUCAAAUACGGUCAAUCGAUUACAGGAAAUUGCUGUGAAAGCCUGCACCCUGCAGGAUCAUCGAAAAGUUUCAUACUGAACGAUAUUGCUACAUACAGGAUUAUAGAAGGAAAACCGUCUAGAGGGCUGUUUUUUUUGUUGUUUUGUUUUUUAAUUGGAAAUCUUGAGCUGGUUUUGGUAGUGGAAGGGUCUUGUUUUGAGGAGAUCGGUUUGAGGAUUGCUCUGUAAGCAUGGCAGCAGCGACCGUCGCGUUGUACGCAAGUCCGGUGGCGAGUCUCCGAGGGUCUGAAUUCUCGACUGCAAACGCCCAAAUUGAUCAAGAGCGGAGAGCUUGCUCUUUGCCUCUCGCAAGGAAUAUUGCUUCCUCCAGCUCUGCUCUGUUUUCUCCAUCGAAGAAUCUCAGCCUGCGAUUGUCCAGGAACCAUGUGUCUAAGGCUGUGAAGGUUAAGGGGGUACGAAAACCCAGUCCCGUUGUGAUGACCAUGGCUCCACCGCGGCCCCCAGCGGAUCCCGACAUGUCGAAGAGCGAGGGGGAGCCCAGCCUGGGCAUUGAAGAAGCGUUGCAAACUGACGGCGGGGAGGAACAGCAGCCGGAGCAAGGGCAGAGCGACGACGCGUUUGUGUGGCGCGAUCAUUGGUAUCCCGUAUCCUUGAUUGAAGAUUUGGAUCCUUCUGUGCCCACCCCGUUCCAACUCCUCGGUAGGGAGCUCGUGGUGUGGAAGGAUCCACAAGGAGAGUGGCGCGUUUUUCUGGAUAAAUGUCCCCACCGCCUCGCACCCCUCUCGGAGGGGAGGUUGGACGAAUCCGGAAUGUUGCAGUGCUCUUACCAUGGAUGGGCGUUCAAGGGAGACGGCAGCUGCAGUGCCAUUCCGCAGGCAGCGGCCUCGGGGCCCGAAUCAAAGGCCAAAUUCUCCCCUCGUGCGUGUGCAGUUUCAUAUCCUACCCAAGUCUCUCAGGGCUUGCUCUUUGUGUGGCCGGAUGAGAAGGGAUGGGAGAAAGCCGCGCAAGCCUCACCGCCAAUGUUGCCGCCCGAGUUCAGCGAUCCGAAGUACUCAACAGUGACAAUCCAGCGAGAUUUGUACUAUGGAUACGACACCUUGAUGGAGAAUGUCUCGGAUCCCUCUCAUAUCGACUUCGCCCACCACAAGGUGACUGGGAGGAGGGACAGAGCGAAGCCAUUACCUUUUAAGGUGCAUAAGAGUGGGCCAUGGGGGUUCGCCGGAGCCAACAACGACACCCCCACAAUCAGCACUGGGUUCUACCCGCCUUGCUACUACUACAAUAAAAUUGAGUUGCCUGUCAAGCUUCCCAUCCUCGGGGAUCAGAAGUGGGAGAUUCUGAUAUGCUCCUUCAACAUUCCUAUGGCCCCCGGGAAGACCCGCUCCAUCGUAUGCAGCGCUCGCAACUUCUUCCAAUUUCUGACGCCUGGAGACAAAUGGUGGCAGCUCGUGCCGAGAUGGUACGAGCAUUGGACCUCGAACAAGGUAUACGAUGGCGACAUGAUCGUGCUGCAAGGCCAAGAGAAAAUAUUUCUGGCGCACGACGGUGAUAUCAAUGCCCAGUAUGGGAAGCUGACGUUCACACCCACGCAGGCCGAUCGUUUCGUGCUGGCGUUCCGGAACUGGCUAAGGAGGCACGGCAAGGGCGGACCCGAGUGGUUUCCUGAAGCUCGCACCGAUCGGCCUCUUCCCUCCACGGUCUUGUCGAAGCGGCAGAUGCUGGAUCGCUACGAGCAGCACACGUUGAAUUGCUCCUCGUGUCGGAAUGCGCAAAAAUAUUUUCAGCUGUGGCAGAAAAUUUUCUGGGGUAGCACGAUCGUGCUGGCUGCUGCGGCUGGAGUGCCAGCUGAUAUGGUGAUCCGUGCACUCUUAGCUUCAGGAUCUGUGCUAAGUGCAGCAGCAGCAUACACACUCAAGGAAGGUGAGAAGAACUUCAUAUUCAAAGAAUAUAUCCACUCAGAGAUUGAAUAGACAAUGUAGAGCCGAGAUUGGAUUCCAUAAGAUUGCUUUCCGGAUGUAAUUUGCUGUAAAUUUCAAACAGAAACAACUCUUAAGAGUUUUCUCAUGUUAUAACCCAUGAGCAAUUGAUGUCCUCUUUUUUUUUUUUC